UGAUCACUGCAGCACUCACCAGCUUUGAGCCGAACACUUUGCAGGAUGCACUGCCAUCAGGACUUGGUCAGCUGUCUCAGCUGUGGGAUCAUCCUGGCAGGACUGUGGCACCUGGUUUAUCACAAGAAGUCGCAGUGCUCCUAUGGUCGCUACAUGGCACUCUCUCCUCCUGCUAGAACAGUACCUGCCAGACUAGCCUGGUUCUUCCAGGAGAUGCCGGCUUUCAUCAUCCCUCUACUUUUAAUGCUCGCCACGCACAAGACCUCAAUUAUGGGGAAGCACCUGCUGCUAGGGACCUUUUGCGCGCACUACUUUCAAAGAACCUUUGUGUAUUCACUAUUGAUGAGAGGAAAGCCUUUCCCGCUGGGCGUGAUGGUGCCAGCGGGUUUCUUCUGCUCUCUAAAUGGUUUCCUGCAGGGACACUACCUGCUUCAUUGUGCUUGGUUUGAUGAUGAAUGGUUAACCGGUUAUCGCUAUAAAAUUGGUUUACUGCUGUUUUACACCGGAAUGGGCAUCAAUAUACACAGCGACUUUAUUCUACGCAACUUGAGGAAACCAAAGGAAGUGAUAUACAAGAUUCCUACUGGCGGUCUGUUUGAAUAUGUUUCUGGUGCCAACUACUUAGGAGAGAUUGUGGAGUGGUUUGGGUAUGCUGUAGCCACUUGGUCUUUUCCAGCGCUUUCAUUCGCUCUGUUCACCCUCUGCUUUAUCGGACCAAGAGCCUAUUACCAUCACAGGUUUUACCAAGAGAAAUUCAAAGACUAUCCCAAGUUUCGAAAGGCUUUGAUUCCAUUUAUCUUCUGAGGGAAAAACGCUCAUGUCCCUCACCUUGUUAGGGCAAGCAAGAACUGAACCAACAGCAGGUGUGCACAGGAACUUGCAUGCCUACUCCUGUUUUUUAACAGAUACACUCAGUUUACAGCACAAGAAUCUUUUGAUUUUGAUGGUACUGUAAAAACUGUUUACCUUGGUUUAUAACAUGUCAUACAGCAUUGUGACUGUGAGCACUUACAGUGAAAUAGUCUAGAUAGUUAGUUUAGUCAGUCUUCAUAUUCAUAAAGUUGCUAGGUUGAACUGUAUAAUAGCAUUAAGAGCUUGUGAAAUUCAGGAAAGCAUGACAUAUUAAUAAAUGCAUGUCUGUUUAUAAGUAAUAUUACUAAAAGAGAUAAAUUAUACAA